UCUUAGUAUUUCAGAUUCAAAUACCAGUAAUUUAUACAUCUUAUCAGAUAAUGUUUGUAUUGGAAUGAAAGAAAAUGCUGUAGAAGGUAUUGGGCCAUGUCUGUUGUUUACUGUGGCUGUUCAGAAAGUUUUGAGCACUUCUCUAGUAUGAACUUAAGUACGGGAAUUAUUAAAGAUUCCGCCGUGGCAGUAGUUGUUCUACAUUUGUGUAUACAGCAAUGAUGGGGAUGAAAUGCAUAUUAAAUUGACUGAUAAAAUUACCGUCUGAAGGCUGCUGAAUUCAGAAGGGGCAGAAUUUCAUUUUAUGCCUGCAACUUAAUAAGGCCUUCACACUGCAGCAAUGGAUUACAGAAACAUUAUUUGUAUAAAAACAGAGCCAACAGAUGAGAUACCGACUGUGCCAGACUCCACUGUCCAGGUUUACCCAUCUACUGUGAACGUGAAAGAAGAAUUGCAAGAGUGUGUGAAUCAAGAGUUUCCUGAACAUCCGUUGGUAACGCUGGAGUCCACUAAUUGUUCCAAGGAGGAAACACAAAAAAAAUUGGGACCAGAAGAAACUGAGAACAUUUUAUACAUUCCUGACUUUGAUCCUCAGGCAAUUAAAGAGGAGGGUUUGGAAUUUGAUGACUGUCUUCAUGAAUGUGACCCAUUGGAUAUAAAAGAUGAGGAGGUCCAGGUUUGCCCAUCCACUGUGAACGUGAAAGAAGAAUUGCAAGAGUGUGUGAAUCAAGAGUUUCCUGAACAUCCGUUGGUAACGCUGGAGUCCACUAAUUGUUCCAAGGAGGAAACACAAAAAAAAUUGGGACCAGAAGAAACUGAGAACAUUUUAUACAUUCCUGACUUUGAUCCUCAGGCAAUUAAAGAGGAGGGUUUGGAAUUUGAUGACUGUCUUCAUGAAUGUGACCCAUUGGAUAUAACAGAUCAGGAGGUCCAGGUUUGCCCAUCCACUGUGAACGUGAAAGAAGAAUUGCAAGAGUGUGUGAAUCAAGAGUUUCCUGAACAUCCGUUGGUAACGCUGGAGUCCACUAAUUGUUCCAAGGAGGAAACACAAAAAAAAUUGGGACCAGAAGAAACUGAGAACAUUUUAUACAUUCCUGAAUUUGAUCCUCAGGCAAUUAAAGAGGAGGGUUUGGAAUUUGAUGACUGUCUUCAUGAAUGUGACCCAUUGGAUAUAACAGAUGAGGAGGUCCAGGUUUACCCAUCCACUGUGAACGUGAAAGAAGAAUUGCAAGAGUGUGUGAAUCAAGAGUUUCCUGAACAUCCGUUGGUAACGCUGGAGUCCACUAAUUGUUCCAAGGAGGAAACACAAAAAAAAUUGGGACCAGAAGAAACUGAGAACAUUUUAUACAUUCCUGAAUUUGAUCCUCAGGCAGUUAAAGAGGAGGGUUUGGAAUUUGAUGACUGUCUUCAUGAAUGUGACCCAUUGGAUAUAGCAGAUGAGGAGGGGAUAGCCUCAAAAAGGCUUGCACCACACAGUCCAAGGUUGACUAAAAUUGCUAAUGAGUCUGGUAACACUGGAUGUGAAGAAACACACCUGCAGGGAGUGACUUGUGAGGAGCUGGACGUUGAUGCAGAGAAAUCGACACAUGUUGUUCGUAGUGGAUCUCUAAAUCAAGUGUGUUUCUCUAAGCAGGAUAAUGCCCUAUGUGCUAGAAGUAAUAACAGCUUCAAGGAAAAUGAAUUCACAUGUAGUUCAUGCAAGCAGACCUUUUUGUCAAAGUACAGUCUAAUAAUGCAUGUGUUUACACAUAUUGAUGGUGUACAACCACCUGUACAUAUCUGUACCACAUGUGGUGAAGUAUUUCAUACCCAUGAUGGCUUGAGUAGACAUUCAAAGGUGGAAAAAAGGACUAGCCAAGAAGAAAGUGAACAACAUAGCACAGUCUCUAAUAUCAAACGAAACAGAUCUGAUAUUUUUGGGGAAUCCUAUAGUCAGUCAAGUCCUUCAGUAACAAACAAUGAUGAGAGACCACACGUAUGUGACGUUUGUGGAAAAUCGUUUGAUGCAUUGCGCAGUCUUAAGAAACAUUAUUUCAUACAUACUGACAAUACAUCACAUAAAUGCAAAAUUUGUGGGGUUGCUUUUACUCGCUAUUGUCAUCUGAAGCAGCAUGUUCUUUCACAUACUGGCGAGAGACCGCACAAAUGUAACGUUUGUGAGAAAUCAUUUAUUCUGCCUAGUCAUCUCAAGACGCAUUCCCUAAUACAUAUCGGUGGGAGACCAUACAACUGUGAGAUCUGUGGGAAAUCCUUUACGGCAUGUGGUAACCUGAAGAAGCAUAUAUUAAUACAUACUGGCGAGAGACCCCACAAAUGCCAUGUUUGCGGGAAAUCCUAUACUGUAGCCGAUACUCUCAAGCAUCACUUAUUAAUACAUACUGGGGAGAAACCUUACAAAUGUGAGUUUUGUGGUAAAUCGUUUACAAGGUUAAAUAUUCUUAAGGCCCAUUUAAUACAACAUACUGGUGAGGCAUCACACAAAUGUAAUGUUUGUGGUGAAUCGUUCACAAACUCUUGGAAUCUAAAUGUCCACACAUUAAUACACAAUGGCGAGGAAAGACACAAAUGCGAUAUCUGUGGAAAAUUAUUUACUAAUCGUCGUGGUCUCAAGGCUCACAAUUUAAGACAUACUGGUGAGAAACCACACGUAUGUAAUGUAUGUGGAAAAUCAUUUACGGAAUCUGGUGGACUUAGGAAGCAUGUUUUGAUACAUACUGGUGAGAGGCCACACAAAUGUGUUGUUUGUGGUAAAUCAUUUAGAGAGUCUCGCUGUCUGAAGAAACACAACUUAAUACAUACUGGCGAGAGACCCUACAAAUGUAACAAUUGUGGCAAAGCCUUUACUCAGUCUGGUAGUCUGAAUGCGCAUAGGUUAAUACACAUUCGCCAGGGUACAAAAAUUUUAUAACUGUGGGAUAUUUUAAAGAAAUUUCGAUAAGCUUUGGAGGUAUGUUAAUAUAGAAGACAGAUCUCACAAAAAUAUGUCACUGAUCAGCUGCAAAAACUGCACUAGAUUUUUUAAGUAGUAUGUGCUGAAGACAGAAAACAGUAAUUGCACAGCGGGAAUAGUUCUAGAUAUUAUUAUGAUUUUAUAUCAGUUCGUUGUGGAGAGUCCAUUUUUAAAGUAUCAGAGCUCUGAUCAUUGUCAGGUGUGCGUAGUCGAAAAAUUUUUACAGAUUUUUGUGAAAAAUCUUACAGGUGGAAAUGCAGGCCAACUUUUUAAAGGUUGUAUUUUGAGAGAUAAUUGUUGCGUGUGUAAACUGGCUAAAAGUAGCCCCUUGUAACCAGCUGUGUGUGUGUGUGUGUGUGUGUGUGUGUGUGUGUGUGUGUGUGUGUGUGUGUGUGUGUGUGUGUGUGUGAAGUUUUUGUUCUACAUGUAUUUAUUUGUCUCUUGAAUGAUCUAAAUGAAAAUUGAGAAUUGUGUUUAAUGUAUGUACCCCUUGUCUAUAACCAGUGUAGUUUUGCUGAUAUUGCUAAUUAUAAUUUAUCCUCAUUUAAGGUAGUUUUGUAAAAUAUCAGUAGAACAGUCUAAACAGCGACUACAGCGUUGUACAUAUGGUCGUAGUAUAAAAAGUUUAUAUUUUCUCCUGUUGUAAUAAUCAGUGCACUUUUGGACACAUUAUUUAAUUACAUGUUUAUGCAUAUAUCAGUACAUUAUUUAAAUUUCAUAUACAACAGAUAGUUUGAAGAAACUUUCUUUUGAGACUUCAUUAUUGAUGUAUGUGUGGGACAUUUUAAACUGUUAUUAGUUAAUAGUUAUAUAAUAUUGUCCAUUGUAUCAACGUGUGUCUGAAGGUUGCUUGUGUAAGUUUCUUUAUUUAUACAUGUAUAAUAAGGCUUGAUUGUUAGUAUUAUCUGAAGAAUCUGAUUCCACCUCAUAUUAAUCAAUUGUGGUGAUUUUCUAUGACAUUCCUUUGCAACCAACUAGCUGUGGAAUACAUUUCUGUUGAAAUAAUUAACAGUUCCAUCAAAGAUAGUUCUUUAUUGUUUCUAAAAGAGUGGUAUGUUUUGUAAAUAUAGGAUAAAGUACUAAAUCUGUCAGUUGCUAGCUGUAAAAUGGUAUCUUCUGCUGCCUAUGUAUUGCAACCCGUUUUGAUUUCUUAUGUGGCAAAGGAAACAGAAAUGAGUUUGUUCCUGCUUGUCAGCCAUUUGUCCAUAUUGAUUGGUAAUACUUAGCCAUAUCCCUUCUGGAGACAUACGUUGUCAACUAAUGUGUGUAUCUGCAUUAAGUAAUGUGCAUCUGGGCUUCCUCGGCGAACGGAUACUGAAGUAUCAUGGUGCAACGUGCUGAGUAUUUCUGGAGUGCUAUCUGUGACGCCUGGUUACUUUAUAAAAUUUGUUACCACCAAGAGUACCAUUAUAGCAGGUGAAAAGAAAAUAGUUCUUGAUUAUCAGGAUUGCUGGAAAUUAAGUCAUUACAGAUCUAGUGAUUUAAAGGUGACUUUUCUGUCAACAGCUUGUUAUUGGAUUUUAAUAAACUAUUCUGAUAAUUACAUGUCAUAUUCAAUGCACAUCAUGAGUUCAGUGUUC